CGCAGCGCUGCCACUUCGCGGUUCAAAUUUCAAAAUCUUAAAGCAGGAGCGGACCCAUUCUUCUUCCUUCCUCCCUCCACCCACGCGGACUCGGAGCCAGCCAUGAGGAAGGCGCCCGCAGCCAAGCCCAAGCCCAAGCCCAGGGCCAGGGCCAAGGCGAAGGCCCAGCGCAAGGCGAAGGCCAGCAGCCCCGACUCCACCUCCGGCGCCUCCUCGCCGUCCGCCAGCGCCAGCGCCAGCGACGGGUCUCCCUCACCCUCUCCCUCUCCCGUCGCACGCGGCCGCGGCGGCCUCCUCUCGGCAUCCAAGCCCAAGCCCAAGCCCAGGGCGAUGGAGAAGGCCAAGCCCAAGGGGAAGGCGAAGGCCAGCAGCCCCGACCCCCUCUUCGGCGCCUCGUCGCCGUCCGCCAGCGCCGGGUCUCCCUCUCCUGUCGCGGUCGGGCGAGGCUUCCUCUCGCCCUCCUUACCGGUGGCGACGCCCCAGACCAGAUCCCCCCUCUCCGCGGCGGCCAAGUCCACCCCGGCCUCCAUCUCCACCGUCGGCGACCUGAGGGGCCUCGCCGCGUCCAGCCUCGACUCGCUCAAGCGCCGCCUCGACGCGCUCCACGCCGACAACGCCCGUGACCUCGAGGCCUCCCACUCCCGCAUCUCCAAGCGCAUCAAGAUGCACACGCAGAGCUGCCUGAAGAUGGCGGAGGAGGCGGAGAAGGAGCAUAAGAAGAUGGUCGACAAGGUCUCACAGCAAGCCGACGAGAUGAAGGCAUCGUACAAGAAGUUGGUGACAGAGGUGCAGUCGUCUUCGUCUCGUGUGUGCAAGGUGACCUUACCUGAGAUGGCAAAGUCCGUGGCCAGAGCUCUCGAUGGCCUGCGCAGUCGCUACAACAUCCCACCUACAACAGCUUAGCAUACAGUUUCUGCUACGUCUCUGAAUUGGUAAUCACCUCUCCUGUUUCCAAAUUGGCAUCCUGUAUGCGUUUGGUCAUGUUCAGUAAAUUUGCAUGAACGUACGAGCGUUUGUCCAUGAGAUCGAAUUGGCAGAUGUUAGUAUCUACCAGGGACAGUAAUUGUUGGUUACAGGUUA